AUGAAUGCAGACAAAUUAGUGUCUAAUAUGGCUAGCGAAUCUUCCAGUAAUAAUAUAAGCGGAAGACAGAAGCGUAAAGAGCGAAAUAGAUCAAUAAGACAGAUCGGCUCUCAUCAUAAAACAGAUAAUUCGCUAGCAAUCGAUAUUCCACGAGUAACGGGGCCAAUAGAUGCAGAUCGAUACGCUUUAGCACGUAUAUUGGAAAUAAAUGAUAUGCAAGCAGCAAUAAAAAAGGCUAGUUAUGCACUUAAUGAAUUGGCUUUCCAGUCUCUGCCCAGAGGUCUUCGACGUCGUGCCGCCAGCCAUAAUAUCAACCGACUUCCUGCUAGGUUAAGGGCUAAGGCUGCUAAAGAAGCAUAUAGCUCGGCCCCCAAUUCCAAACUUAUAAGGAAAAAGAUCAAGAAGAUCAAAACUCCAAAAAACACUGUAGAAGAAUUUCUGAGACGUCAAAAAUCAAAAAAAUGGUUGGAAACGCACAUAUGGCACACGAAAAGAAUGAAAAUGAACGAUAUUUGGGGUUACAGAAUAGCCUCUCGACCAAACACAAAAUCUGUCCGAACCAUUUAUAGAUCUUUUACACGGCUUUCCAUCAUACAUGAUGCUUCUUACAUGGCAUGCAUUGAAUUGAGUGGCGUUAAAGAGGAAAUUGUCAAAGUUAUGAACACUAUGACGGACUUGGGAUUACCAUCCGUAGGAAGUGAAAGAUACAUUAAAGGCAAUCGCUGUGGUACAACGCACCUGUACGAAUACCUUGGAUACCCUACUAAGCUUAUUUGCCCAAUAUCAUUUUUGUGGAAAUUCAAUUCACAAGAUACAAUAUGGCUAUGGAUUCAUCCUUCUGCUAUAACUGAGGCGCUUGUGUUCCUCAAGAAAGCCAUUAAAGAGCAGAAAGCCACUUCAAUUCAGUUGAGGGAUUUACGUGAUGAAGUUCUAAGAUUUGAAUUAACUGGGCCUCGCUCAACAGCUUUGUUACAAGCUAUUCUUGAUCCAAUUCAGGAUGGGACUAUUAAUGGCAAUCAGAUAUGGAAAAAUCUGCAUCAGUUACGAUCAUCCUGUUCCUUAUCACCCGGCACUGUAAUUGGCCUGAUAGUUAACGAUCCUCGUUUAAGAUUUCCUCAAAAGGUGCCUCCGCGCACAAAUGAAAUUACACUAGACGAGCAGAAAGAAGUCCAAAAACUGAUAGAAAACUGGCCAGCGGAUGCUGCAGAAACUUGUAUUUGGGACGAAGAUCUACGCAAAUCACUCUUAGAAAAGAAAAUACCUGAAUAUGGUUUAAACCUACGACGACAAAAUAAUCUUAUUCCCGGUACUAAACUUCAACCGACUUCUGAGGAUAGCAAGAUACCUGUUCUUCUAAUUCAACGGGGUAGUCCCUCAAAUGAUAAAGCUGGGUUCAGUCAGAAGCCUCUUUCAUCUCAAGAAUUGGUAGAGGGUUGGACAAUUAUUAUCCCUAAAGGUUUUGGACUACCUUUCUGGAAAUCAUUUGUCUUUGCAGGUGCUCGAGUAGCAGGAUAUGAUGAUGUACGAUCUAUGCAUUUUGAAAGUGGUUAUCCUUGUUUUCCUCAGGAUUAUCCUGGAACGCGAGCUUUUGAAGGACAUCGUUGUUUGUUCAAAGAAAAACUCGAGGCUGUUUGGCAGAAGAAACCUCCUGCCAAACGAGUCAAUUUUAAAAAGCGUGGUGUUGAUCAUCCGUUUGAAUGUGCUUUUGAAACAUUAUCCACUACGGAGCAUAUGCAAUUAGAUGUGGAAAACAAUUUACCAACGAGACCAACCUAUUCCAUUUUACAAGGCCCAGCAUUAAUUAUACCACUAUUAUCAUCGGGGAAUUUUUUGGACGAACUAACAAAGUUGCAAAAAAAGCGUGGCAUUCGUAUAACAGAACAGGAUAUUUCAUUAGCUGACACCCUGGUCAAAGUUCGCUUAAAGUAUAUUGACCGAGGCAAACCAGUAAUGAAUAGUAUGAUUUAUUCAUUGGAGGAUAUAAACUUAUACGACCAAUAUACAGUCGCCUUAAGACAAAAAUUGCCAAAAACACACAGUAAACGAAAAGCCGAAGUGUUUUCGGAUGGUAUAGUUGAUAAAUAUAAGGCAACUUAUCUACCAGAUAAAGCUGAACAAAUUGGUUAUGUUACAAAUGGAGAUUUUUCUUUGACGUUAGGUCACGGUUUCGGUUUGGGAGCCUGUACAAUCGCAGGCUUACAGAGGCUUCAAAAAAUAGACACCUUACAAAAACGCACAUUAAAAAUGAUAGUACUGGUUCGAAACCCUUCUUCAUUGAAGGCGAGGCCUGCACAGUUGGAGAUUUUAUACUGA